AUUCCCGAUGUGUGUGUCAGUGAUGAGGACCACUGCUGCUCUGCUCUCUCUCUGGUUUUGGCUAAACACUGGCAUCAAUGCUGCUCAAACAGGUUUCCCUACAAAACAGAGGCUCUCAUUUCUGUGGAGGGGCCAUCCUGACUGAUCGCUGGAUAAUGACCGCUGCACACUGCUUUGCAUCACUCUCAAAAGAGUUUCUCAGUGGUGUGAGAGUGGUGGUGGGAGAGUUUGACCAGAGAGUAGAUGAUGAAGAAGAGCAGGUCCUUCUCAUUAAGUCUGUCUCACUCCAUGAGAAGUAUCAUCAUGCUUUGCCUAUGAGCUAUGACAUAGCUUUGGUGGAGUUAGAUCAGCACAUUCUACUGGGAGCCCGUGUCAAGCCAAUAUGUCUGCCUUUGCCUAAUGACAGCAUCCCACCUGAAACCAGUUGCAUUGUGGGUGGAUGGGGCAGGAUGAAGGAAAAGGGUCGUCUUCCUGCAGUGCUGAGAGAGGUCCAGUUAGACUUGGUGGACCCAGCCAAAUGUAAAGAUGUCCUCCAGACUGUCAAAAGUUCAGUUCUUAAGCAGAGACCAGCGAGGCCUCAGCAAGCCAUGACAGUUCUGUGUGCCGGGCCAGAGAAAGGAGGGAAAGACGCCUGCCAGGGAGACUCAGGGGGUCCUCUGGUAUGUCUGGCAGGUUCAGGCGGCGGUCACUGGGUAGCACUGGGUGUAACUUCCUGGGGGAAGGGAUGUGGUCGGAGCUGGGGAAACAACAGCAGCCGCCCCCCUUCCAAGAGAGGAUCUCCGGGAGUUUUCACUGAUGUCAGGCUGCUGCUGCCCUGGAUUAAGCGUAAACUGAGAGAGGCUGAUGAGCAGCAGCAGGGAAUGACUUUAUCAAAACUCUGCAGCGUGAGAGAUGGGCCUGUAGCUGACAGUGAGGGGGUAAUCAGAAACCCCGCUCUCCCUGGUGAUCACUAUGACAACAACCAGUGGUGUGUAUGGAGUCUCAGAGUUCCUCCAGGUCAUAGUAUUCUACUGGAGUUUGAUCAUUUUGAUCUGGAAAAUGACACGUAUUGUCGCUACGAUCGUCUCACUGUUUCAGCAGGGACCCACAGACCUGUUGGGAUUUUCUGUGGAGGUGUCCUUCCUGGCCCAGUGCUCCUGAAUAAUUCCCAGUUUGCAACACUCCUCUUCUCCUCUGACAUGAACAGAGCAGGAAGUGGCUUUGUCAUCAGGCACCGUGCUGUCCAUGGACACUCUGAUCCUGGAUGCGGGACAGUUUUCAUUGAAGAUCAGACUGCUGUCCACAGCCCAAAUUACCCACAAUUCUACAGCAAUGACUGUGUCCUGCGCUGGGUUGUCUACGCUCCACAGGGUCACAUUGUUAAGCUGGACUUUACAGAUUUCUACCUGGAGGAGUCAGACACAUGCUUGUAUGAUUCCCUCACUGUCCUGGGAGAUGUGGAAGGAACAGAGGAGAUUGUGGUGCUGUGUGGUGGCAGUAUUCCUCCACCCGUACUGUCCUACCACAGCAUCAUGGUGCUUCAGUUUACGUCAGACAGCAGCAUCGCACACAGGGGCUUCAGCGCUACACUGACAUUCAUCAGCCAUGCAGACCUUCAUGAUCAGAACACAGGAGGAGAGAGUCUAAGAGACAAUCUGAGAGAUCACCAAAAUGAUUUGGCAGAUAACCAGCAAUACAUAACAUCAUACAACCCAGGGCUGCACCAGUCCAGCAGCAGAAUCCUGUCUGAUGUGGACCAUAAGAUCUCAGAGGAUUUCAGAAUGACUAUCGACCUGGGCUCAGAUGAUGACGAUUACAGUGGAGAAUCCUCAGGGUAGUUUCUGACCAGAAGAAUACCUCUUCAAGUGUGUCAUAUGUGGAAUUACAGCGGUUGUAUAUUGGUAUUAAGCGCAGGAUGACUGUUAUGAUGACAGUGAUGCUGGGGGUGGAUCACUAAAGCUUUAAGAUGUGGAAUAAAAAAACACUGCUUUGCUGACAUAGAAUGUAAGGGUCUUCUGGAUUUAGAACUUGUAACCAGAAUCAUGUAAUCAUUUUUUGUUUGUCUGUUUGUUUGUUUGUUCGUUUUCUGUAAAGGUUAAGCAGGGUUUAGUCCCAGAAUGGAACAGAGACUUUUAAAUCCCAAAGUGGAGGAGAGCCUCAGAUUUGGUCCUUCAGUGACAAUAACAAUGAAAUUGUCAUUUAAGAUUAGUCUCUUUUUUCUUAGUCGCUUUUUUUAUUAACCAGGUUUGAUCAAGUCUACAUUUGUUAUCCUACCACAAGAUGUGGCAGAAGCUGGACUAUUUAUUAGGUAUUGACACUCUGUUCACUUGCUAACUAGUUCUCCC